AUGAAUCAUCCUCUUCCCGCUCGACCAAACUUCAUACCUACUUCUGGUAUAGCCGUCGCUGGACCUUCUCGACCUUCUUCAAUCCCUAUCAACCCUAAUCCCACCUCAACAGCUGUACCCAAACCUCCUUCUUCAAAACUCAAACCCGCGAUUGAUCCAGCGAAAUGUACAAUAUGCUCCUCACCGCCCAAGUACACUUGUCCUAAAUGCUCAGCUCGUUCAUGUUCUUUGUUAUGUUCCAAAACCCAUAAAACCCGUGAUGAGUGUGAUGGGAUUCGAGAUCCAGCUGCGUUCGUCCCGCUGAAUCAAUAUGGUCAAGGGGCCUGGUCAGAUGAUUAUAAAUGGCUAGAAGAAGGGAGGAGGAAAGUUGGAGCAUGGGGCGAGAAUGUUAAUGUUGAAGAAAUAAACUCUAUCUCUUCUUCUUCAAGGGGAAAGUCAAUAUCAACAAGAGGAAGAGGAGGCCGAGGAGGAUCAAGAGGCGAUAUGAUAUCAAGAGGAAAAACAAAUAGAGGAUCAAGUAAGAUGAUUGGAUUGAAAAGAGAAUUGGAAAGGUUAGGCUGUGAUAUCAGUUUUAUGCCUACUGGUAUGGAACAGAGAAAAUUAAAUCAAUCUAGUUGGAGCAUAAAAACGAAGAACCUAUUCCUAACGAUCCGUUUAUCCAUUCCUGCUCAACUCCUCGAUCCUUCUUCUUCUUCUUCAAGUUCCGCCAACAAAUCCAUCGUUCACGCACGGGUCCUCCUUGCUUCCCCUAAAUCAUCUUCCCUUCCAACACUUUCAGAUCUCAUAUCCUUUCCUCCAGACGUUUCGAAAGUCGUUUGCGUGCUACCAUUUCAUUCGACGCCUUCUCGUCCUGCUCCUGAACAUGACAAAGGUCAAAGACUCUUCUAUCCACCCCUUGAACCUUCUCUGCCACUUGCCAAAGUGCUGAAAGGAACAGCAUGGGUCGAAUUCCCAACCCUCGAAAUAAUGGAGCAGACUAAAUGGGAAGAAGGAUUGAACGAGGGCGUCUUCGUCAUGGUACCAUUAUCAGAACCUGCCAUUUGGAGCUCUGAGAGGACAAGAGAUUCAGGUUGGGGUAAAAGGGGAGUGAACCAGAUUGAUACAGGGCUUGCGGAUGUUGUUGUUGAGGGUAGGGAGGAAGAGGCGAAGAAGCCCAAAGUAGCUGUAGAGGGACUAAUGGCUCUAGGAGAAUAUGAAUCGGAAGAUGAGGCGGAAGAGGACGAUGAGGGAGACGACGAGGAAGUCGACGAUGUUCAUCGACCGGAUGAUAGUGACGAAGAGCAAGAAGUGAAAGAGGGCGACGACGACGAUAUAGCUGAGCCUUCUCUUGAGAUUUUACGGGCCGUGGGAAUGGCUCUUGCAGCCGACCUAGAGGAGGCAUAA